UAAAUAAAGGUCUAUAAUUGUUACGGUCAGCGAAGAAAAAUUUUAAUACGAGCGGCUCGCGACGAAAGACAAAUGUACGUUAAUGGCCAGGUAAACGUGUUUUCCUCGCUUUUUGCUUUAGCUCGGGCUGGUAUGCUCCAUCAAAUAAAGUGACUCACUGCCCCAGAAAAAUGUUGUGAUGUGACGGUGAGACAUACAAAGAUAAAUUGAAGAACCUUAUUGGGGCUGCAUAUGUAGAGAGCUUUAACAUUGUUGACAGAUCUUUGUGUCACAGAAAUGGACCAUUAGUCAAGUAAAGUUACCUUUUACUCUGCUGUUGGUUUGGGAAUGCAAAAUCGUUAUUUAAAGUAUCGUAUGUUGUUGCAUGACCUAUACCGUUUUGCGGAUCGAACGAACAGUCAAUAUUUCUAUCGAGUAAUGCGGAAAGUCGUGAUUGUUGGUGAUAAAUAAGAAGGUGACAAAUGACUGUCAAGGAAAAAUGUUGAACAGAAAUACGAUAUUUCCACUUUUGUGUCCAUUCGUUAAAGAUAAUACUGUACACGCAUUCAGUGCAAAGCCGGUUUCGUCGUAAGCAGCUUAUUUCUGUUUGGUUAGCACUUUGACAAAUUCUUUGUUUGGUUAGUUCGAUGUAAACGAACACGUCUACGCACCUGGUAGCGUUCAAUUUCGCGCAAGGUCUUUAGUUGUGGUCGUAUUGCGCCUUCGUGCACCUUGACCUGCACGUAAGCGACGUAACUUAUUUUCGGCACGGAAAUCGUACGACGUAAGCACGCAUCUACAAUUGCCAAACGUGACGUAAAUAUUCUACUUAGCGCUUAUUUUGUAGAACAAUGAUUGAUGCCGCUUUACAAAAGAAGCUUGAAAUUGAACAUUUGUGCGCGGAAAUGGCGUAUUUUUGUAUUUCCUUUGUAUUGUGCGGAAAAAAAGCGAAACUAGUCAGUCAACUAUAAAACGCAGUUUGUUCUGCUUUAAAAGUACUACUACUGCAAGUCUAAAUGCCGGCUUACUACCCGAAUCUAGCUUUAAGUUCAAGUUUAAAAAGAAUUGUUGGGUUUAGCAUUUUCAAGAUGGUAGCUGCAGUCACGUUUUUGGGCGUGCUGACAUUUCUGUUGUUGUCAAAUGAUGCGUCAACCAAUACAGAUGUUCACUACGAUCCGUGUUGUUCGUUUCCAUGCCAACACCAGUCAGUAUGUACUUCACCCGACAUGAUUAGUUACCAAUGUGAUUGCACCGGUACAGGUUACUAUGGCGACGAAUGCCAACAUCCCUACUUAUCAACAAGAAUUAAAAAAUGGAUCAAACCUUCAAAAUCCACAACUCAUUACAUUCUAACACAUUUUAAAUGGGUUUGGACCAUCGUUAACAACGUUUCAUGGUUACGGAAAACCCUAAUGAAAGCCGUUUUGGCCAUGAGAGUAAGUUCUGUGACGGAACCAUCUCCGUACCGUGGUCUGAGUUCGUACCCUUCAUGGUCGGCUUACAUUAACGAUACGAUGUACGUACGAACUUUGCCCCCUGUUCCCACCAACUGCCCUACGCCCAUGGGUGUAAAAGGAAAACCGGAACUGCCUGAAAUUUCUGUUCUUUUGGAAAAGUUUUUUAAACGAAGGACAUUCCAGCCUUGCCCACAAAGAACAAGUGUCCUUUUCCCUUUCUUCGCGCAACAUUUCACUCACAUGUUUUUCAAGACUGACCCGAUGAAAGGAAUGCCAUACCAAUGGGGAGACCAACUGGUUGAUCUUUCCCAAAUAUACGGGCAUGGCGAGAAGCGACAACACGAGUUAAGAAGUCACGUAAAUGGUAAACUGAAAGUUUCGCUUGUGGACGGCCACGAAUUUCCACCAUUGAGCAACCAGACAACUGCUAAUAUGUCGAACAUCAAUCUCUUGCCCCAGGAAUACCAGUUUGUGUUUGGUCACCAAGGGUUCAGUUUGAUGCCAACGUUUCUGAUAUGGUCAACUAUUUGGUUACGGGAACAUAAUCGAAUUUGUGAUUUAAUAAAAGAAGAGAAUCCUGCAUGGGAUGACGAACGAAUUUUCCAAACUGCGCGUUUGGUGUUAACAGGUGAAACGAUCAAAGUUGUGAUCGAAGAUUACGUCCAGCACCUCAGUGGUUUCCAUUAUAAACUACUUUACGACCCUGAACUUGUGCAAGGUGGUUCGCAUUCGUUUCACAACCAAAUUCACGUCGAGUUCCAGCUGUUAUACCACUGGCAUGCCCUGAUGCCGGACCAAAUAGAAUUCAAUGGAAAAUCGUAUACAAUGAAAAGACUUCUUUUUAACCCAGAGCCAGUAGUGAAGGGAGGCUUAAAACGAACCAUUGAAGAUUUAUCGAACCAAUGGGCUGGCCAGGUUGCUGGCGGCAAAACUCAAGGAGCUGCCACGCUGCAUGUAGCAGGUCUGGCGAUCAAGAACGGUCGUGACUUGCGCAUGCAAUCUUUUAAUGCUUACAAAGAGAAAUUCGAAAUGAAAAAAUACACAACGUUUCAGGAACUUACUGGUGAAGAAGAAAUGGCAGCAGAACUUCAAAAAUUAUACGGAGAUAUUGACGCUGUGGAGUAUUAUAUUGGGAUCAUGUUGGAAAAAAGAAGAAGUCCUCAGCUGUUUGGUGAAACACUCACUGAAAUGGGAUCUCCGUAUUCUCUGAAAGGUUUAUAUUCGAACCCAAUCAACCAUAAGGACUGGUGGAAGCCAAGUACAUUUGGUGGACAGAAGAUAAUGGAUGUUAUCAAGAACACUAAUCUACAGAGUUUGAUUUGUCGUACUGUGGAGGGGUGUCCACACGCUUCAUUUACGGUGCCAGAUGGCGCCACCUACCGGUUACCGAGCGACAAACAAGACGUCGAAAAUGACAGAACUUCUGCGAUUCUAAUCGAGCGCGCAAGAAACGCAGAUGCCAACAAAUACAUGUGGACACAGGACGCGAAACCUAACUCAAUACCCGAUAAGGAAUUAUAACCGAAGCUCUGCCGAUAUUUACCAGUCUGAAUAUUAUGAUACUCCAGAGAGUCUGGAAUAUUUUUCUAAAGCCUAUGAUAAUAGGUUGGGGUAAAAUGGCCUUGGUUUUUAUUCGUUUUUGUGUCCUAUUUGGUAGUAAGUAUAUGAUAUUUACAGAAUAAUAUAAUCUUCACGACUUUUAAGAGUGUUAAUAAUUGUUAAAAACACGAUUAGGAAAUAUGGUAUAUACUAUGGACUUUGACGGUAUGUAUCUUACCCUACACUACUAUACAUCAAAACAAAAUAUAUUUAUUAUGUCGCUCAUUAUAUUUGCGCUACAUUUGAUUUUUUUACCGAGUAUUAUCUUUGCCUGUAUUAUAGAAACAUUUGUUCCCUUAACCAGAAGAAUACGAAAUAAAACGUUGGUAACUUCAACAUAUAA